AUGAAUUCCUUGUCAAUUACUGAUUCUUUAUCAGUUUCGGAUCUCCUUGAUAAUGUAACCAACACAGAAGAAAACGAAACAUUAUCAGGAUCUUUUAUCAGCCCUAUCUCUGAGCCACAUUCUGCUGAUUCAAAAUGCCUGGCAAUUUUCUUCUCUAUCCUCAUGAUUCUUGUCACAACAACCACAUUUGUUGGACUGGGAACAUAUGCGUUGUUCUUCUGCAAACCAUUUCCUUGGAUUGAUGAAUCCUUGGAUGCUUUUAGUAUCCCAAAACACAAAGUUUCACUCAAUAUUGAUGCUUUGUUUCUUGCUGAAAAAGACACAUCUAAACCUCAAAAGACCAAACGCAGUAUUCCUGAAUGGAGUAGAAAAGAAAAGGAUAAUUUCAUCUAUACUCUCUUUGACCACCAUGAACUCUAUAAUUAUCUGCAGAAACGGUCAAAGGAUUUCCAGGAAGUGCACUACCAACGAAUUCCAAGAUGGAAAAUGCAAGUAGUUUACAUUGCAAAGGGAGAUGACAGGGCAAACAUCUUCACUCCAGAAAGACUUGAGCAUAUUCAUUCAGUUGAGCUGAAUAUCAUGUCACACCCAGAAUUUCAGAAAUUCUGUCUCAAGGAAAAAGUGUACACAGAUGAACGUAUGAAAACAUAUGGUGGAUGUCUACCUCUUAAUUCUCUUCUAUCUUAUUUUUUCCCUUCAAUGAAUGAAGAUGGACAUAUAUUUUAUGAUGGACUUGGUGCAAAUAUUGAUAAGGUUGACAGUGCAAUUCGGCUUGCAAUGAACAGCGACACAUUUUAUUACUUCGUUGAUGAUAAAAUCAACAACACUUAUUUGCAGAGUAGCUUUUUGCGGUCAGAAGUUUUGUUUGGUGCACCACUGCAAGGUUAUCACAGUUGGCAGGACCGGACAUUAGAGCAAACAGAGAAAUUUAAGAAGUUUAUUGUCACAUAUAUAAGUUUGCUUUCAGCUUCAUCAAAUGAUAAAGUACAGGUACUUUAUGGAGGAAAUGAACUAUUUGACUAUGAAGUUGACCACACAUUUUGGAGUGACAUGAAGUUGGUUUGGGUCAGCAUCUUCUGUAUUGUCCUGUUCAUAUUAAUAUUGACCUACUCUUUGUGGUUUACGAUUGUUGGACUUCUCAGCAUCCUUAUUUCCUUUCCAUUGGCUUUUUUCUUCUACCGAGUUGUCUUUGGCAAAAAGGCUGUUGGUAUCCUGACAGGCGCUUCAGUAUUCCUCUUGAUUGGAAUUGGAGUAGAUGAUGUUUUUGUAUUUGUAAAUAUAUUUCGGCAAUCCAGUUCCAUGAACAAUCUCAAAUCUCGGAUGCUGUACACAGUUGAAACAGCCGGCAAAGCAACAUUUUUCACUUCUUUUACCACUGCAGUUGCAUUUGCAGCAAACAUUGCAUCUUAUAUUCCUGCUAUUCAUGAUUUUGGUCUUUUUAUGUUUUUGCUUGUGAGUUGCUGUUGGUUGGCUAUAGUUCUUCUGAUUCCUCCAUCUUUGUAUCUGUGGAGUAUUUCCUGCAGUCAGUGUGAGGUUUUCACAUUCAGAUGGUCACAAAUAUACCGUUGCAAAGAUUUACAGCUUCCGGAAGACUUGUUUCAAUUCACAAAUCAAAGAAGUUGGAAUUGUACUGAUGAAAUUUCUUCUUUGACUCAAAAUGACGAACAUAACCAUGACGUUCCUCUUUUAUCAAUGGAAGGAUCUAGUCUAAUUGACAAUACAACUGAGGAUGAUGUGCUUUUGUCUUCUAGCACAACUGAUAUCCAUGAGAAUUUGGUAAACAGUGAAGAAGGUUUGGAGGAAAAUCAAGAACAUCAAAAACAAAUGCCAUUUAGUGUUCUUUUGCAAGGACUUCUCUAUCAUUAUGUAGCCAGACCAAUUAUCUAUGCUCGUUAUUUUAUCAUUGUUCUCUUUUUCAUCAUCCUGUGUAUCAGUGUUGGUCUAAUAUCUACAAUACAGCCAGCCAGCAAACCCCCACAACUGUUUAGGUCAACAACAAACCUCCAAAGACUAUUAAAUUUAAAGGCUAAUCUUAGUAUGGAACACAGAAUUUCAUGUGAUGAUUGCUCGGGAUUGUUUAAGGAGAGUCCUGUUAAAGCCACUCUUUCUAAAGACAUUUCUACAUCUAUAAACAAAGAUCAUAGAACCGAUGAAUCUUCAGUUGACAUGAAUACAAAAUUACCAAAAUUUUUAAAUAACACUACAAAAGGUAUAAACUCACCUCGCAUAUCAAAUGUCAACCAUGAAAAGCAAGAGACAGAGAGCCAUCAUUUACAAGGUUCUGUUGAGAAAAAUUUUGAUGUGUGUCAAAGUAGCCAUUGUGAAAAUUUGAAAAACCGGCCAUCAUUUGGAAGUGGAGCUGUUGUUUACAUAGUGUUAGGCAUUAAAGGCCUUGAUCAAAGUAACGUCACCAAUGAACAUGUCAUCAAUUUUGACAAGGGUACAGUGAUAUAUGAUCCUGAGUUCCAGAAUGCAUUUGGUAACUUUAAUAAAGUGAAUGCAACUUUGUUAGUGACUCUGUGUAAACUAUGUCAACUAAUUGCCAAGAAUUCAGAACUUGUUCGUAAUGGAACUGCUCAAUGUCUGCCAGAUUUUAUGCCAGAUACCUUCAAAAUAUACUUAUCUGCAUACCCAGAGUGUCAAAAUUUGCCAGGUACUAUCAGAGUGUUUGGACAUCAGACACCAGCUCCUGCUUUGGCUGGAUUAACAAAGAACAAAAAUGGUUUACAGUGGAUUGCAUUUGCUUUUGAAUCGACAACAUCAAAAAGUGAAUCCUACUUUACAGCCUACAAUCAAUAUGCCAAAUGGGAGAAUUUCUUGGACGAAUUGAAAGAAACGGUUCUUAGAGAUGCUCCUCCUUUCCAAAGUAUUUUACAAGUUUCAAGGUUUUGGAGAAAGGUCCUACAAGAAGUGAUAUUGGUCAGCAGUGCUAUCUACAGCCUUGCAUUAUCCAUGGUUAUUUGUAUUAUAGCUACAGCCAUCUUCACAGGCCAUAUUACUUUUCUCUUUAUUGUCUGUGUUACAAUUGUUGGUAUCAUCUGUUUUGUUGUGGGUGUGUUCUGUAUAUUUGGCUGGGAAAUAGGCUCCAUUGAGGCAGUGUCAUUGUCAAUUUUAGUUGGCUCAUCUGUUGACUACUGUGUUCAUCUUGUGGAAGGGUAUCUCAUCAGUGGAAAAAAACUCAAGAUAAUUCAGAGUCCCUCAGAAACUCGUCAAUGGCGUACCAGUGCUGCCAUCACUCAUAUUGGUGUGUCUAUUAUUAGUAGUGCUAUCACAACAAUAACUGCAGCUAUACCACUCACAUAUAGCACUAUCCUCCCUUUCAGCAAGUUUGGCUGGAUCAUUGCCAUCAACACAAGUGUAGCCAUCUUGUUCACAUUGACUGUUUGUCCCGCACUUCUCAGCACUAUAGCACCAGCUCAAUUCCAUAAAACUUGGUGUUCCAUCUUGAGGGCUGUGUUGAUUACGGUCACAUUUGUAGUAGUUUUUGUGGUUAUUUUGUUUGGUGUUUCAUUUGCUGGCAUAUUUAUACCCGGACCUGAUGGCGAAGCUCUUUUUCCUCAAUGA